AUGCCGCUGCACACGAGCAGGGAGCAGGAUUUUCUGAGCCCUGGUCUCCGGCAGCUCCACGCGCCUUUCCGAGCCGUCGACAUCACGGCCGAGUCGGCGGCUGACUUCCAGCAGCUCUCCAUCUUCACCGAGCUGCAGGACGCACACAGCACCCUCCUCGAUGACUACGACUACGUGGCGAGGACCUACGAGAAGUACGACCGCGCCAGGCGGGAGGCGGUGCGCUUCAUCGCCGUCAGCCAGUACCAGGCGGGCGCCUUCCUCAACGCCGCGCUCGCGCGGGGCGCGCCGACCUGCUCGGCGCGCGGCGGCAAGGUGCAGGACCCACUGGGCGACGCGGCCAGCAACAUCGGCCGCCUCGGGCACUGCGGCCGCCAUAACAGCCUCCUCGCCGCCCUGGCCAAGGUCAUGCGGAGCGUGUGGGGCAUGCUCGUCGAGGUGGAGCCGCGGGACCACCUCGGCUACUCUAACGACUACCGGCCCGACGUCUCGGUGGCGGGCGCCGGCCGCUCGCGCUCGCGCCUCGUCGGCGACGUCAAGUUCAAGGACUCGCUCUCCUCCAACCCGGAGGACGUCGGCCAGCGGGGCGCUUUCGUCGGCCUCGGCAACACCGAGCCCGGCACGAGCGCGGACGUCUUCGGCCUCGAGCAGCGCGGCGCUGUCGGGGACGGCGACUUCAGGCCGAGCGACGGCGGCGGCUAUGUGGCGUACAAGAAGGCGGACUACGCGCACGCCCUCUCGCGCUCGGACACCGACGUGCAGAUGUACCUGUUCGAAACCUUCGGCGGGUGGUGCAACGCGGUCAAACGGCUGUUCUACCAGAUGAAGGACAAGGUGCGCAACAAGCUCUCGAAGCGGCAGCACGAGGACGAGGCGAGCUGGUCGACGCAGUCGUGGCUGUCGCUGCAGGCCCAGCGCAUGUCAGUCGCGCUGCAGCUCGCGGCGGCGGAAGAGAUUGCGACCGAGCUCAGGCUCGCCGCGGCGUCGGAGGACGCCGCCGUCGCCUAG